CAAACGUCCCCCCCCCACACUGCAGCGAGGUUAACAUCAACUAUGUUCGUGUUGGCGUUGCCAUGGCUACCGUUGGCUUCCCCGCUGCGGUUUGCGACCUUUUACCUUCCAAACAUAAUUCCGUGGGGGUUCAGAGCACAGUAGUUGGAUGAAAAUCCUUCACAGCCGUACGGAAAUGUGCGCUGUCAACAAAACAGAGACUAUAGCCUACUGGUUACCGGUCUUUGUUCUGUGUCCAGUCUCUGAAACGGCGCCAAAGUAGUUUGAUAAGUCGAACUUUAGAACCAAUAACUUCCUUUGUUGAGUUUGUUCCCGUCAAGUCCUUGCCAAAGCCGAGGGUUUUACGACUACCAAGCUUCGUGGGGACGAGCGGGUCACAGUGCUGCUCCUGGAUUGCUGAGAUAAGAAGAUAAACAUUCAGCUAACCCGACCCUAAAACCUACUCCGUAGCCGAGGGGUGUUACACCUGAGUGCGGGCAUGGUGCGGCUACAGCCCGUUAACCUUGCACACAAAACAACACAGAAAAAAAUUCCCCUGGAAGGGUUUUGUUCCCCCGUAAUAAAUCAAGGAAGCCGUCGAGUAUGCGGAAACCCAGACACAACUCAUCAUACCGUAUCCAGUAUGAAAGAAAUGGCUGCCUGGGGCGCCGGGGCGGGUGCGAUCGUGUUUAGGGUCAUCAUUCAAUGUUGAUCCAUCGCGCCGUGGAAACUGAUGUUUGAACUCGAUCCAUAUCGAUGGUGUGCGAUUUACGAACUUGUUUCGAAGACAAAUUCGUCGUUGGCGGAAUACAACUCUGUGCUCGUCUGCAGCGACGUAAACUACUGGAGUAACCGGCCUAGAUGACCAAACCAACGAAGUACUGAUCAAUAGACACGCACCAAACAGCGAACUAAGAAGGUGUGGCAUCACCCGCUAUGAUAUAUGCGGAUAAUGUUUACUCCAUUUGUAGGACCAUCAGGACCUUGAGUUUCCACGUUGUUCAAGGAACUUCUUCAUUCUUAAUCUGGACUUCAUUUGCGGCGUACCAGAUUUCUACCGACCACUGCGUAUAAAGUUUCGGCUUUACUAUAAAGAUCAAGAUAUCAAAUGCUCAGAUUGUCAGGAUAAACCAGUUUAUUUGGCUUCGUUACUUUUUGUCGAAUCCAAAUCACAGUCACCAUGAAUAGUUCCGAUCCUUACGUGCGGGACCGUGGAAUUAUAACCACUCGUGACCGCGAGGUGUCACUGCAGCUCCACCGGAAGAAUUCCAUGCAACGGGAGCAGCUGGGCAAACAGCUGAAGCGUCUUGACAAGGAGCAGCAAGAAUGCAUCCGGAGGACACACAUGGAGAAGUGCGCCAUCUCCCGGGACCAGAAGUGCCUGGUCAGCGACCUCAACAAGUUCACUUUCUCUCAGGACGACCCGCCCCUUGCAGACGAUGCGUUCGUGGACCAGCAGGCCAGAACUGACGAGCCAACGAGGUCUCCGCCGGCCGUCAGACGAAAAGAGGCGGCCACAGCGACGCAUAAAGCCAGCACGAGGCGCGUCUCGCUGCCAGACGAGCUGCACGACCCGGGCGCUUCCGAGGCGAGUACGAAGGACAAGGAGAGAUUCAUCGACCAGAAAAAGAAUCGAGAAAUCACCAAGCUGAAAAAGGCCUCGCUGAGGAUGGAAUCAGGGAACAAAAAAGACUCAGACGAGAGAAAAGGUAAACCGAAUAUACCCAUCAAUGCCUGGUACCAUGACAACCAUGCCAAAGCGCGGGAAAGAUCGUCCUCGGUGUUCGAUCGUCUGUCAGAAGGCAGUAACCUCAAUUCAAUGUCCUCGGAACAGUUCCUGCAACGAGUGAGAAAGCAAAGGAGUCACACCCUACCCCCAAUAUCAACACGAACAAGAACUGCUGAGCGUAGAUAGGGGUACCUCUUGCCGCUGAUCUCUAUGCCAAAAAAAAGGGGGAUAGCUCAUUAGCCAUUCUGAGCAGUACUAACAGUGAAACUCUGCACUGGUUCCCAAUCCCUCCAUUUGGAAGGUGGGGGGACACCAGUCUUAUCAUCUCAGAUCAUUGAAAACAAAUCUUUACAAACCUACCGAUGG